AUUGUUUAAAACAGCUCAUAAACAGUCAGCUAAUAAUUUUGUUGUCAGAAUGUUUUGUUUUUUGACAUCGUCACCGCUACAUUUACGUAUUUAAAUAUAUGCAUUCAUUUUUAAAAUUUUUAUUGAGGAAAACAGUAUUGCAAGUGGUAACUUUAAAUAUAAACGUAAUUACUUUGGAACUUCCUUUAAAGAUGACGAUAAAGACUCUACUAGCAGUUUUAUUUUUCUGUCUUGCAGCCGUUGAAUGCAAGGCGAAUAUAAAACAUCAAAAUUGCGGACAUCUAGAUUCAAAUACUAUUGUUAGCAUAACACCUUGUGAAAAAGAACCUUGUACUUUGGUUAGAGGAAGUAAUGCAACUCUUGAAAUUCAGUUUAAAGCAAAACAUUUUAGUAAACAACUUAAAACAAAAGUCUACGGUAAACUGUUAUUUUGGGUUCCAUACUACAACUUUGGCAAAGAAGACUCAUGUCUUGAUAAUGGAAUAACUUGUCCAGUAAUAGAAGAUGAAGAAUACAGCUACAGUCAAUCUUUACAUAUUUCAAAACUUAAUCCUAAGAUUUCCAUACCAGUAAAAUGGCUAAUUCAAAAUGAAGCUGAAAAGGAUUUGGUUUGUGUAAUAAUACCACUUGUACUGAAAUAAUUCUGAGCUGUAUACAAUUUUUAUUGCGAAAUAAUUCUAAGCUGUAUACAAAUUGUAUUGACAUUUAUGCGUUUUUUAUUUAAAACUUUUGUAAUAAGUACAAAUAUUGUAUUAAAUUAUGAUAUAAAACGAAAAAUAUUAUAACGAUUAUUAC